AGUCUCGUAAAAGGUAGUGCGAGUACUCUAAAACGAGAAUUUGGAAAUGAAUUCGUGACUGUGGAGGAAGACAUUGCAACUCGUGAUCUCGGCAGCAAUAGAGUUGAAUUGCAGGCGAGCAAAGGCGUAAAAGAACGGGUUCGCGUCCAAGUGUUUGACGAGAACUCGCGCACGGCCGUGUAUGCAUUAGAGAACUCCAAGACAACGUUGUCGUGCUACGUCGAAGACGAAAUCCAUGGCGGACGGGUGGAUCCUCUCAGUUACAAGUGGGAGAUCAAGCAUCCUCAACAGGGCUGGGACGAGAACAUCAAAUCAGGAAAGCUGGCCAACAUAGUUGAGGGAAUAAAUUCUAAAGAUCUUGUUCUUAGUGGUCUCCUUGUCUCUGACCCUGAUCAGCUUUCAACGUCCUACCAGCUUCGUUGUGCCGCUCAGUACAAUGAAACCUACUUCGUGGUAUCAAGAGGCUUUGCCGUUAAUGUUCACCGAACUCCUGAGUUGAAGUCGAUUCACUUGGUGCGUGAAAAACCAGAGUACCAAGAACUGCAAGGUGAACCUGCAAGAGACAUAUAUGACGCUAGUAGCGAUUAUCUCGUGUUAUGCAAGCCCGGAUUUUCUGCGGGAGAAGUUCAAUCGGUGUGGGAAAAGUACAACGAGGAGUCUGAUGACUGGGAGAUGCUGAGUCCGCCUUCAGACAAGCUCUUCUUUGUUGCUGACUCAACAGAAUAUCAGGAUGAGGGCCAAUACCGAUGUCGCAUUAGUCACGAUCUGCAGGAUUAUGAUUACCACGUGAUCAAGACUCGUGUACUUGAACUUCGUCGUAUUGCUGGUCCUGCAUCAUCAACUAAAAGUCAGCAGGAAUUUACGUUAAACGAUGAGCUAAUGUUGCAGUGCACCGACCGUUCGGCAUCGCCACAAGUUGAGGCUGAGUGGUCCUUCCAACCCAGUGGUGAUGCGCCACCUGAAGGCAAGGAUCCUCUCACCAUUGGUAGCUACUUCCAGCAUGACCGGACCAACGUCUUCAUCAUUCCCCGGGGCCAACUGCUAGAGUCGCAUUCGGGAACGUACACGUGCACCAGGACGAAUGAGUAUGGACAGGCAACGACAGCGAUUCGUGUCACCGUGAGACCUGACUAUCUUGAAACAGUCUAUAGUGGGCAUUUGAGCCGUGAGAAACUCACUUUUCGAUUGGACGCGAUUCUUAAGUGGGAAUAUUCCAAGAAUGGUGAUCCACCACAAGGAGGUCACUCAAGAUGCCAGCAUAGUGAGUUGUGA